UCGCUUCUUUCUGUUACCGAGCCUUCGUUUUGGCUCAGGAAACCCGCUUGGUUUUGGUCGUCUCUGUGUUUUUGGGACACGGGUACGUGAGAUUUUUGGUGGGUUUGUAUGAUCAUGUGGCUGACACAGAGCCUCUGUUCAAGCUGACCCACUGGGAAUUUCAGUGUCAGAGUAAUACGUACUGAAUUCUGUCUGUUUUCCCUUUAUGUUCUUUGCAUGUGAGGUGUGCCUCAACUAUUCUAUCCUCAGUUAGAUUUCUGGGUUUUAUUUUGGGGGUUUUCCGACUUUUGAGUCUUGGUGCUGGCUUCGGAGUGAGAGAUUGAACAAAGCAUCAUAAAGGGUAGGUGGUGAGAGCUGCAGAAUCACUGAACCGAGUUUCAAAUGGCUUCAAGAACGGAGAUGGAUGAAGACAGCGAUAACAACAAAGGCAGUAUGUGGGUGUUGGAUCAGAAACUUGAUCAGCCUAUGGAUGAGGAGGCUGGAAGGCUUAGAAAUAUGUACAGAGAGAAGAAAUUCUCUGCGCUAUUGCUUCUGCGGCUUGCAUUUCAAAGUCUUGGGGUGGUUUAUGGAGACUUGGGCACCUCUCCCUUGUAUGUUUUCUACAAUACCUUUCCAAGUGGAGAAGUUAAAGAUCCUGAAGAUGUGGUCGGAGCCCUUUCCUUAAUUAUAUACUCGCUUACUCUUAUUCCCCUCCUCAAGUAUGUUUUCGUUGUAUGUAGAGCAAAUGACAAUGGUCAAGGUGGAACAUUUGCUCUUUAUUCGUUGCUUUGUCGACAUGCAAAAAUAAAAACUAUACCUAACCAACACCGAACUGAUGAGCAGCUAACAACAUAUAGUCGUUCUACUUUUCAUGAACACUCGUUUGCUGCAAAAACGAAGAGGUGGUUGGAGAAAUAUGCAUUUAGGAAAAAUGCUCUUCUUAUUCUUGUCCUUGUUGGCACUUGCAUGGUGAUUGGGGAUGGGAUUCUAACUCCAGCCAUAUCAGUUUUAUCAUCUGUUGGCGGAAUCAAGGUAGUCCAGCCUGGUAUGAAUAAUGGAGUGGUUGUGCUUGUCGCUGUUAUAAUAUUAAUAGGAUUGUUUAGCAUGCAACACUAUGGUACAGAUAGAGUUGGAUGGCUCUUUGCUCCUAUUGUUUUGCUUUGGUUUCUCGUAAUUGGAGGUAUCGGCAUAUUCAACAUCUGGAAAUAUGAUAGUAGUGUUCUGAAAGCCUUUUCACCUCUGCAUAUAUUCUAUUAUUUUAAAAGGAGAGGAAAAGAAGGCUGGGUCUCCCUUGGAGGUAUUAUGCUUAGUAUAACAGGUACAGAGGCGCUUUUUGCUGACUUAGCUCAUUUUCCUGUUUCCGCCAUACAGAUUGCUUUCACCAUGGUUGUCUUUCCUUGCCUUCUUUUAGCCUAUUCUGGUCAAGCAGCCUACAUUAUGGAUAAUAAAACUCAUGUUCAUGAUGCAUUUUAUCUUUCUAUUCCAGAGAGCAUAUACUGGCCAGUGUUUCUUAUUGCAACUGCAGCCGCUAUAGUUGCAAGUCAGGCAACCAUAUCUGCAACAUUCUCCAUAAUUAAGCAGGCUCUUGCACUUGGCUGUUUUCCAAGAGUCAAAGUUGUACAUACAUCCAAGAAGUUCCUUGGCCAAAUAUAUGUUCCAGAUAUUAAUUGGAUCCUUAUGAUUCUUUGCAUUGCUGUGACUGCCGGGUUCAAAAAUCAAAGCCAAAUUGGAAAUGCUUAUGGAACGGCAGUUGUAAUAGUCAUGUUGGUAACCACAUUCCUCAUGAUUUUAAUCAUGUUGUUAGUGUGGCACUGCCACUGGAUCCUUGUCCUAAUCUUCACUGUCUUAUCGCUGGUUGUUGAGUUUACUUAUUUUUCUGCUGUAAUUGUCAAGGUUAAUCAAGGCGGGUGGGUUCCCCUUGUAAUAGCAGCAGCCUUUCUUCUCAUCAUGUAUGUUUGGCACUAUGGUACAGUGAAACGCUACCAGUUUGAAAUGCACAGUAAGGUUUCGAUGGCGUGGAUUCUUGGGCUUGGUCCCAGUUUAGGACUGGUCCGGGUACCUGGGGUUGGACUGGUGUACACCGAGCUAGCAAGUGGGGUUCCCCAUAUCUUUUCCCACUUCAUCACAAAUCUACCUGCGACUCACUCUGUUGUUGUCUUUGUCUGUGUGAAGUAUCUCCCUGUCUACACUGUCCGAGAAGAAGAAAGAUUUCUUGUUAAAAGGAUUGGUCCCAAGAAUUUUCACAUGUUCCGCUGUGUAGCGAGAUAUGGUUAUAAAGAUCUACACAAAAAAGAUGAUGACUUUGAGAAUAAAUUGUUCGAUUGCCUUUUCUUGUUUGUCCGGCUUGAAUCCAUGAUGGAAGGGGGUUCAGACUCUGAUGAGUAUAGUCUCUAUGGCCAGCAAACCCAUCAGUCUGGAGAUGGUCCGAUAGGCAACUCAAGUUCUUCCAACAUUGACCCGACCAUGUCAUCAGUGGACUCGAUUGUUCCGGUUAGAUCCCCAUUGCAUGGACACAGUACCGUUGGUUCAUCAGGUCGGGCAAGUGCCCAGACUGAGAUUGAUGAGUUAGAGUUUUUGAAGAGCUGUAGAGAUGCUGGGGUGGUUCACAUUCUAGGGAAUACAGUGGUGAGAGCAAGGAGGGAUUCAAAAUUCUACAGGAAGAUCGCUAUUGAUUAUAUAUAUGCAUUUCUUAGGAAAAUAUGCAGGGAGAACAGUGUUAUAUUCAAUAUACCUCAUGAGAGUCUUUUGAAUGUUGGACAGGUUUUCUUUGUAUGAUGUUUUGAUGGCAAUAUAUACAGUAAAAUUGAUUUCGUUCA